AUGGCCCAACCGCUCUUCGACCAACACCCACUCGAGGACUACUUUCGCAACACUGGUGAGACUGCGGAACCCAUGCCGGGAAGCUCUCCCGACUUCAUGAUCGAAGACGACCCUGUCGAUGCCUACUCGUCAGAGGCGGAGGUUCAUCUGCCACCACUUGUUCAGAAUGUGCUCGAGAUUGCCCGUGAACUCCUUCACCCAUCCGACUCAAGCUCCCAAGAGAAUACAUUCGCAGAACGCUUCAAGUACGAUGUCAUCUCCUCUUCCCUCCUCUCCUCAUCCCUCGCAGCAUCCCUCGCAUCCCCCGUCUCCGCUAGAAGAGCGAACACUCCAGAGAUUCCCGGUCGACUUAGCGAAGAAGGUACCAGCGGUGGUGGCGGUGAACAGCCUGUUCCAACCCCUGCAGUGGCGCUGCCAGAUAUCCCGUCUCUCCCUGCUUUCUCAGGUCCUCAGCUUGCUGUCACGCUUCUAUCCGUCUCCGUGCUCGUCUUCUCCAUCGGGUUCUACUUCCUUGCUUUCGUUGUGCUUCUCGCUGCUCUCUAUGCGUGGUGCGCCGUUCAUACAGACCCUGAUAAGUGUAACUAUACGACGGAGACUGCAAAUGCCCUCAACGAACUCAUAUCGGCCGGGAACUUCUGGGACUCGGCUGUUAACGAGGCCGUCAUGUUGAUUGAAACAGAAGAGCGCAGCGUCUUCUAUGGCGCGCCGUCUUCUUCCCUUCGAAUUGCCCUUCAAUCCUCCCUCUACACCACGCAGAUGCAGUGCGACAACGUUCGUCAACUGCUGUCCGCCCUCGCCGCGCCGUCCACCGUUUCCCAGCUAGCGGAGAUGUACGCGCCGCCCUCCCCCGUCCGCCCCGCUUUGGUUCUCUCCGAUCACCCCCGAUCACCGUCCUCGCCUUCAGGUUCUUUGCGUCCAUUUUCCCACCCGUCUGCCUCGCAGCGCACGCGAACGAUCUCACUACCGAAUUCCAAUUCGAACAAACGAUCUACCUGGAAUGGGUCAUACGCCACACUCGCGAUGGCUGGCAGUCCUACCGCGCACCUGGUCAAUCGCAAAAAGAGGAAUCGGCGCACCGACGUCAUCUCCCUGUUUCAACCUAUGCCCACUCGUGGAAGCUUGGUCGCAAGUGUCAGCGCGCCUGUAUCUCCGCACGCUCCAUCUCCUGAACCGAAGCCGCAACUUGAGGUGCUGGCGGAAGAGGAGUUGGCCGAGGACGAGCUCGAGGACAAGUCGUACUUUGGUGCUGCCGCGUUAGACCUGCAGCGCAAGCGCAAGUCGACGGCGCUCGAAGUGUUCGAUGCUGUGCCGCCACCGAGCUACACUCCACCACGAUCGAGCGGUAGCGACAUGCCCGUUUCCCCCACCUUCUCCUCGUCCUCGCGGUUGACGCCCAUGCACACGAACCGCCAUCCGCUGUCGUUGUCGGGACUGCACCUCUCCCUACAAGCCGCGCUGUCAUCUAAACGAUACGCGUGCUCCCACCUGCUAGCGCUGCGUUUCGCCGAGGACGAGGACGAGACAUACUGGGAGGACGUGCGAUCGCUCAUGGCCCUUCUCUGCAGCACCUUCUCGGACGCUUCGGCUCGGCUUAUGGAAGCGCUCAACGAAGUCGACAAGCGGCGCAUCAAGGACGAACAUCCAACUCCCCCACGCGGCAACACCCCGACUCCCCAGGGCAAAUCCGGUCACCAACGCCGCGCGUCCCCUCUCCAUCACUCCUACGUACCUGCACGCUCCGUCGCGGAGAUGUCCGGUUUCGCGCCUGUUCCCAGCAACUUGACGCGCUUGGCAACCCACGUCGACGCGAUCUCUGGUGCGCUCAACGAGGCGCGUGAACACCUCGAAGAGUGUAUCUCUGCCAUUCGCGAUGCUCCAGCGCCUGGAAGUUCCGAAAUCGGCACCCCUUCGGUCCAAGACCAUCCUGCGUUCCAAGCGUACGACCGGUUGCGCAAGGAGCUCGGAUAUGCUUUGCGAGAGUGCGAGCGGGGCCGCGAACGGCUGCUGGACAUUAUUGCCGAUCCGCGACCCUCAGUCGACUCUGCGGAAGAUGACGAUGCCUCGCCGAACACACCUGGGUUGGGCAACGACUCCGGGAGUGAGUCUUCGGAGCGCCAGCCGAUCUCGCCCCGCGCUGCGGUCGGGCUCGGGCUCUCGCUCGCGCUUGGUCGGGAAGGCCCCGAGGAGGGCGAGCAGGAAGUGGACGACGCGACGUCCCACCUUUUGUUGUCGACGUCAACGCAACAUCUUCCCCCGCCGGGUGCCGAGCAGGUCUUCGAGGCCGACGCAGGUAACAUCGGCGCCUUUGCGCGUCCACGUUCCAAACUCUCUCGUGAGGAGCGCAUCGAGAUCAUGAAAGCGCGUCGCGCGAGCGGGGUCCCCCUCGGCAUCGCGUCACUACCGUCGCCACUCUUUGACGGAGCAGGGCGCGUGGACGACAUGGGCCGGGAGCGCGACCGGUGGGGACCCGGUGGGGAGGUCGUGCAGGAGCUCAAGGACGUCAUCUGGAAGGUCGGCGAGAAGCGGCGGCGGAUGUCGCAGCAAGUCACGCCGACGCCGACGAUGCUGCCUCUUCCCCCGCUGCCACCUCCCUCCUCAAAGCGCGUCUCGGCGCCUCCAUUGAGCUUCGCCACCGCGCCACCACGGGUGGCCGUGCUGGGAUCGGACUCUCCCGUCAAUCUCUCGUACGCCGCCGACGUCUUCGAUCACCAUCCGCCCUCCGCGCACGAUCGAGAGCCGAUCCGGGAGACGUCAGUGUCGAUCGCGGUGGAUGAAGGUUCGCCCGAGGACGAGCUCGACGCGUUCGACCUCGAGGCGACGCCCGACUCCCCAACCGGCUCGUCGCUCGCGUAUCUGGACGACGUGGACGACGAUCCGCUCGCGGUGGACGACGGCCUACGAACAGCGCACGCGCCGCCCCCGGAUCCGUUCCUGCCGCGUCGGGAGGAGUGUGUUUCAUGA